AUGAACUCCUCAGUAAAUGAACCGAGCUGCUCAAGUCAGCUAAAUUCUACAGCAGGAAAGGUCGGGCAGACCUUUGCUUACUGCUUAUUACUUGUCUUUUCUUUGGCCGGGAAUUCCUCCCUUGGAAUAAUUGCGUACAGAACACAAGCCAUGAGGAAACCGAUAAAUUAUUUCGUUACAAACAUGGCUAUGUCCGACUUGCUGUAUUCAAUUUUCCUGUUUCCAAGCAAUACAGCCCUGUUAUACACGGAACGGUCCUGGCUUGUUGGUGGUGGCUUCGGUCAAGCGUUGUGUAAAUUUUCUCCUUUCCUAUCCGACACGUCCACCAUUGUUUCCAUUCAGAGUCUGGUUCUGAUAGCAGUGGAUCGAUUAGGAGCUGUGUUCUUUCCCCUCCGUUCUCCACUCAUCACGCCAAGACUGUGUCCCUUCUUCAUUCUCGCCACAUGGGUUAUUGCCAUGGCUUAUCGCUCACCAUAUUUAUUUGUUUACAAACUGGUAGAAUACCAAGCGAAGCUAACUUGUAAAAUGCUUUGGAAAGAGACUUUUGGAGACUCGUUAUCGCUUGCAAACUACUUCCUGGCAGGACUCAUUGUAUUCAUUUACCUGCCAAUCGUCUUGCUGGCGAUGCUGUACUCCAACAUUCUUCUCAAACUGGGAUCACAAGUGCAUCCAGGUGAGCAGUCGACCAACGCUGAGGAAAAACGCACGAGAAGAAACGAAAGCGUACUAAAGAUGGCCAUUGCUAUUGUUUUAGGUUUCGUGAUAUGCUGGGUACCUUUCACUGUCACUUUGUUGCUUCAUAUGUUUGUAUGGGACUUUUCAGUUCCUUGUAGCGCAGUAGACUACGUAACAUUCACAUUUUUUUUAGCCUACACAAAUUGUGUUAUAAAUCCUCUUAUCUGCUUCACUUUUAGUAGCAACUAUCGUCAAGGUCUGAAAAGACUCAUCCACUGUUUUAGCAGUGCUGCAGUGUUUCCAGCUUAA